AUGGAAAAAUUGUGUCUUACGUUGUACUUCUCCGCAUGCAAGCUACAACACUACAUGUUAUCCUUUACGACUUGCAUUAUCGCUCAAAAUGACUUGGUUAAGUACAUGCUGUCACGACCUAUUCUGCGAGGGCGUAUUGGCAAAUGGGUACUGGCAUUAUCCGAACUCUCGCUACAGUACGUUCCACAGAAAGCAGUGAACGGACAAGCCUUCGCAGACUUUCUCGCACAUCGCCCUAUGUUGGAUGUCCCCACAGUGAAAGAGUUAGAGAUAGCGACCACAACAACAGCUCGGCCAGUUUUGGCGCGCGUUCUAAAAUAUACUAUUUGGCAUCAGGCCACAAUCUCCCUUCACCCCUGGAUAUUAUUUUUUGAUGGCUCAAGAACAGAAACACUAGCAGGGGCAAGGAUUGUUCUGGAAAACCCGGCAGGUGAUCGUUUUUCUUAUUCUUUCCAAUUGGAAUUUAGGUGCACCAAUAAUCAAGCGGAGUAUGAGGCCCUCAUUAUUGUCCUAGAGGUGUUACUGGAGUUAGGCGUAAGAGAUAUCCAAGUGCGCGAUGAUUCUUUGCUUGUGAUAAAUCAGCUUCAAGAAAAGUACAGAUGUGUGAGUUGCUUGCUUGUACCAUAUUUGAACCGCGCCAUUGAACUUCUGGAUCAAUUCACUGACGUGGGUUUGGAAUAUAUUCCUCGCGAACGCAACUUUGCAGCCAACAAACUUGCUCAACUGGCUACAGGCAUUACUUUGAAAUAUGGGGUUCGUGAGCGACUCUUGAAAGUUGAAAGACGCACCCACCGGACGAUCCAGUCAUCGCGGUCCUUGAACCCAUUGAUAUAG